AGAGUGCUCGCGCAGCCCCGCGCGCUCUUAUCCAUCCACGCAACCGAAAAACUCAGCGGUUAGAGCCGCGGACGUAACCGUCACAGGAGAGCUUUCCCCUGGCUGCAGCUCGCACAAAACACCGCUAGUUUCUGAGGAACCGUGAAGACGAGGAGGGGAAACAAAGGAUGUGGAAUGAUUAAAUCUUUCGUCUCCCGUUAACUCUCAGCACCAGAGUCGAGCUUUUAAUUCGCUUUAUUUUGGGGUAUUUUGUUCCGUUCCCAGCGACGUCCCUUCAGCUCUAAAUGUAAAGGACACGGUGGCAGGAAAUAAAGGUAAACAUGGGCAAGUCCAACAGCAAACUCAAACCCGAGGUGGUGGAGGAGCUGACCAGAAAAACCUACUUCACUGAAAAAGAAGUCCAGCAGUGGUAUAAGGGUUUUAUAAAGGACUGUCCCAGUGGGCAGUUGGACUCAGCUGGCUUUCAGAAAAUCUACAAGCAGUUCUUCCCCUUCGGAGAUCCCACCAAGUUUGCUACGUUUGUCUUUAACGUCUUUGAUGAGAACAAGGAUGGACGCAUUGAAUUCUCUGAGUUUAUCCAAGCGUUGUCUGUCACUUCCAGAGGAACUCUAGAUGAGAAACUCAGAUGGGCGUUUAAACUCUAUGAUCUCGACAAUGACGGCUACAUAACUCGAGAUGAGAUGCUGAAUAUUGUGGAUGCCAUCUACCAAAUGGUGGGAAACACAGUCGAGCUGCCGGAGGAAGAAAACACACCAGAGAAAAGAGUUGAUCGUAUCUUCGCCAUGAUGGACAAGAAUGCAGAUGGGAUGUUGACGCUGCAGGAAUUUCAAGAGGGUUCCAAAGCAGAUCCUUCCAUUGUACAGGCCCUGUCACUCUACGAUGGACUUGUGUAGCCAGGCUUCACUGCAGCACACAGCCAUCCUAACAAUUCAUUCCUACCAUCCUGCUUGCUGUGUGGGAGAGAAGCUGACGUGUUGCUCGCUUUCCCACGCUUGCUUGGACCACGCACUGCACUGGUGCAUUGUGGGGGUUGUUUGUGGAAAAGACGCAGCUGUCAAUUAUUCAUCUGCAUAGUUAAGUUAAAAACAAAGGUCGACAUGAACAACAACAUCGAUCCUGCAAGUCUCAGCAGUGAUACUGAAGACUCUUGUGCAUUGAGUAACUUAUUUUUUGAAGGAUUGAACCACCUACACAUAAGCAGUAACUGAGCUGCCUGCCCUCCACGAACACACUGCACGUGUAUAAACUCAGUAUAUUACUGAAAACCAGCAAACCUGUAUGGUUUUGUUUUUUCAGUGGACAAGAUGUUGACUUUGAACGCAUUAUUCCUUUGAGGAGCCUUCGAACCGAACAACAUGCUGCUCACUCACACAGCUAUACAUACGUACAACAAUAAAUUGAAUAGUUAUUGAAGGACAAACAAGGGUAUAGAAGCCUAUGACUGACUGGACCUUGCUGGCUGGUCCUACCGAAGAUUAGAAAAAGUCAUGCAAUAUGUUCUUUUAAGUAUGCAGACAUACGUCCAGUAUUUAUUUUCUUAUUUAUUAUUUGUUGGGCUGUUUUAGUUGCCCAAUUACAGUAUUUGUUGUGUAAAUGACAGUCAGAAAUAUCAGCUACAACCGGUUGCUUUGGUGGUGUUUCUGUGAUCAUAGUAACACUGGUGCACCUGCAGUCUACUGUAUUGCUUCUUCAGCUUCUAUUAACCAAUCACCACAGAGGUAUUGUGUGUACUAUAGUAUUUACUUCUACAGCAAAUUGUACAGCAUGAGAUUGUAAAGUAGUUCUGAGAAUUCCUUGUUCAUAUGCACAAAAUGCUCUGGUUUCUU